AAACCCACCUUCACAGCAUCUCAGUUCAACAAAUUCCCCGCAUUGGCAUAUGUCUUAUAGACUUUUCGCGCGUCACUCUUCCUCCAUAGCUUUCAGCUUGCAUUCCCAUUUCCUCGUCUCCAGCGACCUCAGCCCCAACUGGGUUCUCUGAUUUCCAAUCCUCGACUCUCUUUUUCGCCUUAAAUCCAUUUUUGCUUACUCCCUACCAAUUUUUUUUAGACCAAUUUAGGUUUUCCAUCAAAUUCUUUUAGCAAUGAGCGUUAAGGAAUUCGUCGAGGACAAAAUCGAUUCCAUCAUCGUAGGCUGCUCGACCCACCCGCUGAACCUAAUAAAGGUUCAAAUGCAGCUGUAGGGCGAGAGCUUGGCUGCUCCCAACCCUGUCCUUCUCUUUCAACAUUGGGGGUGCCAUUUCCGCCAUCCACAUAUGACUGCCGCUCCACGCCCAUCCGUGGGUCCCGUCACCGUCGGGAUGAACAUCCUCCGCCAGGAAGGAGCGACGACGUUGUUCUCCAGCGUCUCCGCCACCGUCCUCCAGCAGACCCUCUACUCCACCACCCGCAUGGUCCUCUACGACGUGCUGAAGACGAAGGGGACUAAUCCGGAGACGGGAAACAUGCCGUUGGUCAGGAAAAUCACGGUCGGGCUCAUCAUCGGCACAAGGAGAAAGGGUUUGGUCUGAAAAUGUCCACUAACCCGCUGGAUUUUCCAAUUUUGUUUUGUUAGGUGAGUUAGGGUUUGGUUUUGGGCUGGGUUAAUGGUUUGGGUUGGGUGUAUGACAUGACGAGUUUAGUGGCGUGGUGGGUCGGGUUUGACCAUUAUCGUGGCGAUGACUAGGCGCUCCCAUUAGCCACAUAAGCACAUAACAGACUAUAGAGAGUUGGAGAGAGACUAACGGAGAGUGGCUAAAUAUGACAUGUUUUAGUAAUUAGAGUGAUCAAAUUUGAUAUUAAUUUUUUCUAGCGACUAAACAUGACUCAAUUUAAUAAUUACAGUGAACAAAU